GGCCACUAACAGCUGAUGUGUUUCCAUCCUGGACGCGCUUGGCUGCAACUUUCUGUUGACUUUCUGCCUGGUUGCAAAGACCGCUUAGGGGGGGGGGAAACUAAAGUGACACAGUGCUUUGGUUUGUCCAUGAUUUUUUUUUAAUAACGAGAACGUCACGUCAGAUGGUCAGAGAGUGACCAAGGAGGAAGCGUAAGGAUGGACCCUGAAAGUCCCGUGUCCCGCAUGGAGAGAACUUUGUGGACAGUCUGGUACUACAUAACUGGAGCUGUAAACAGAUUCAUCAGGCCACAGCCCGCUGACACUGUCAACAAUGACCCAAACACAAAUCAGGAAUCUGCAGCUGAAAUCAAGCACCCUCCCUCUGACUCAACAGAGGGUGACAGUAGCAGAGAAGGUGUCGAGGAGGAGCAGCUUGUCGCAACAUCCUCUCUGCUGAGCUCAUCUCGCCCCGUUGUCAAAUGGGAACUUUGCACCACAGAAAUCGACUUAGGGGUUGAUGAAGAAAACAUGCAGUACAAAACCCAGCUGAGAAAAGUCGACGAGAGCAAAGAGGAUGGUGAGGGCAAGAGAGAGGAACAGCGUGACAAGACAGGAAAUGAUCAUUCAAAUGAUUCAAGAGCAAAAGAAGACGAACGACACACGAUGGAGAUCGAAAAAAUGCCCACUUGUGCAGGACUUGCAGGGCCUGGAAAUGAUGAACAUGAACAUGCCGCUUCUGGACCACAAAAUUUGUCCGAGGUUGCAACAUGCCAAGAAACAACUGAGGAGGAAACUGAUGCUGAGAAUGCAACAGUGAGAUUAGGGUUGCCCGGUGAUCAUCCAACAAAGGAGGAAAAAAUAAAAGAAACCCAAGUAAAAGGAGAAAAGGAUCAAACCCAUGAUAAAGAGAAGGAAGACCUUGAAGCAGAAGACAUUUUGAGAAAAGAAGAAAAUGAUGAUAACCUGCGCAGUGAAGAUGAGCGAGAGUUAAAAGCAGAAAACACUGAGGUAAAAGCAUGCAUAGCUGCAGGUAUAAGUCCAGAUGAUAUGGAUCACAUGCAGAAAGGAAAGGGAGAGGUAAAGGAGCAUGAUGCAGUGUUAUUGGAUGAUCAUUCAGGAAGGGAGGAACUUGUUAAAGAAACCCGGCUGAAGGAAGAAAAUGCUAAAGCAGAUCAUGAAAAGGAAGAAGAUUCAGAAGCAGAAGCCACUGAAGUAAGAGAGGAAUAUAACAACAUGCACUGUGAUGAUGACAAUUUGGUAGCAGAAAACAACGCGUUCAAAGUAUGCAUGACAAAAAGUCCAAAAGAGGAGGAUUACGUGCACGAAGGAGAAGGAGAAGGACAAAAGAUUGAUACGGUGACACCAGAUCAUCAUCCAAGAGAGGACCAAAUUAUCAAAGACACCCAAAUAAAUGAAGAAGAUGAUACACUUCAUCAUGAAGAAGAGCGAGAUUUAGAAGCAGACCCAGAGAUAAACGUGUAUCGAAGUAUCAAAGAUAUAAGUCCAGAAGAUCAGGCUCAUACGUACGAAGGAGAGGCAGAGAUACAGAAGAAUGAUGCAGUGACACUGGAUGAUCAUCCAAGAGAGGAUAAAAUUACUGAAGAAACUCAAUUAGAAGAAGAUGAUCAAAUCCAGCAUGAAGAUGAACAAGAUUUGGAAGCAGAAGACACUGAGAUAAAAGUGUGCAUUAGCACAAGUUUAAGCCUAAAUGAUUAUGAUAAUGAUCACCUGCAGGAAAUGGAGUCUGAAGUACAGAAGAAUGAUGCAGUGACACUGGAUGAACAUCCAAGAGAGGAUGAAACCAAAGAAACCCAGUUAGAGGAAGAAGAUGAUAAACUGCAGCAUGAAGAUGAACAACAUUUGGAAGCAGAAGACACUGAAGCACCAGAAGAAGAUGAAAAAACAGACUAUGAAGAUGAACAGCAGUUAGGAGCAGAGGGCACUGAGGUCCAACUGUGCAUAACUACAGAUAUAAGUCCAGUACUGGAUGAUCACAAGCAGGAAACAGAGGCUGAGUUACAGAAAACUGAUACAGCGACACUGGAUGAACAUCCAAGAGAGGAUGAAAGCAAAGAAACUCAAUUAGAGGAAGAUCAUCCAAUAGAAGAGGAAAUGUUCAAAGAAGACAACUUAAAGGAAGAAGAUGAAAAAACAGAUCAUGCAGAUUUCGAAGCAGAAGACACUGAGAUAAAAGUGUGCAUUAGCACAAGUUUAAGUCCCGAUGAUGAUGAUAACCAUCGCCUGCAGGAAAUAGAGUCUGAAGUACAGAAGAAUGAUGCAGUGACACUGGAUGAUCAUCCAAGAGAGGAUAAAAUUACUGAAGAAACUCAAUUAGAAGAAGAUGAUCAAAUCCAGCAUGAAGAUGAACAAGAUUUGGAAGCAGAAGACACUGAGAUAAAAGUGUGCAUUAGCACAAGUUUAAGCCUAAAUGAUUAUGAUAAUGAUCACCUGCAGGAAAUAGAGUCUGAAGUACAGAAGAACGAUGCAGUGACACUGGAUGAACAUCCAAGAGAGGAUGAAAUUACUAAAGAAACCCAGUUAGAGGAAGAAGAUGAUAAAAUGCAGCAUGAAGAUGAACAAGAUUUAGAAGUAGAAGACACUGAAGCACCAGAAGAAGAUGAUAAAACAGACUAUGAAGAUGAACAGCAGUUAGGAGCAGAGGGCACUGAGGUCCAACUGUGCAAAACUACAGAUAUAAGUCCAGUACUGGAUGAUCACAAGCAGGAAACAGAGGCUGAGUUACAGAAAACUGAUACAGCGACACUGGAUGAACAUCCAAGAGAGGAUGAAAGCAAAGAAACUCAAUUAGAGGAAGAAGAUGAUAAACUGCAGCAUGAAGAUGAACAAGAUUUAGAGCCAGAAACUGUUGAGGCAGCAGACGACAAUGAUAAAACCGACACUGAGGUGAAAGUGUGCAUAGGUACAGAUGUAAGUCCAGAAGAGGAGGCAGAGGUACAGAAAAAUGAUGUAAUGACACUGGAAGAUCAUCCAAUGACAGAUAACAUUAAAGAAACUGAGUUAAAGGAAGAUGAUAAAAUGCAGCAUGAAGAUGAUCAAGGUUUAGAAUCAGAAGCCUGUGAUAUUAUGCUACAACUGGACUCUCAAAAUGUAAUCAAGUCAGAGGAGAAAACAAGUCAAGCUGAAAAUCAGCUCUCAGCUUUUGGAGACCAGCCAGAUACAUCAGUGGUUAUGCUCACUGUUAUCACAAAAUCUUAUGCAAUGACUCAUAGCAGUGAAAAUGAUGAAGGUGAGAAAGAGAAGUGGGUUGAGACAGAGCGGCCUGCCGUCAACGAGACAACAGAAGUGCCAGAUCUGGACGAGAACAUCGGAACAGAAGCAGAAGACACUGAAGGAGAAAAUCUUUUAACUCAAUAUGAUUUAUCCGGUAAAGAAGCUGCACUGAAGACUGCUUCACAGCUGCACACAGCUGGAUUCACAGAUGAAUACGAGGAGGAUAUGAGAGUCCCAGGAGUGCAGACCAAAACUAGGCAGGCCGGUGUGACAGUAACAGAUAUUUCAGAAGAGAGACUCAUUGAUCAAGACCAAGAAAAAGAGGAGAGCGUCUCCAGUGAAUCCUACACCGAAGAAUUUUACAACGAAAUUAUAGAUUCAAGCACCUCAGUUACAGUAAAGCCCAAAGGCGAAACGACGCAGGAAACAGACGAAGAAUUUAAAAACACUCUCCCGGGGAUCAGUGAAGGCCAGUGUGCCGUGCUGCAGGAACUAAAUACUCCAACGUGUGAGGAAAUUCAAGAGGGAGUUUCCAAAUAUAACAAUGAGCUUCGGAGGGCCGAUGAAAAUACAACACAAAGGUUCCUGGAAGCAGGAGAUUGUGAGGAAAUCCCGGCAACUCAAUUACCAGAAGAGGUGGAGAGCGGAGAUCAGGAGAGCCUUGAAAACAGUGACUGCAGGACUGGAGCUGACCAUUUACUGCUGAAGGAGUCCAUGGAAGACAAACAAGAAAGCAAAGAAGAGACUGAGACGAGCUUUGGUUUGUUUGUGGAGGAGCACGAAGGCACACCGGACCUUGAACUAGAGGCAGAGAGCAAGCUUGUUGAAGGAGUAAUUCAAGAAUCAGGACUUGACAAAGAAGAAGGAAAAUUACUGACAAGUUCAAUGAAGACAGAGGUGACUGGAACACAUGUUGGUUUAGUGGACGAGACUGAAAGGAGAUCAGAAGGGCUGCAUGAUGGUGGCAGAGGAUCUACAGGAGGUGAAACAAGAGAAGCGGUUGCAGCAGCAGAAGUGGUUGGAUUCGUCAUUCAGGAGUCAUUAGCAGCCAUAAAGUUGGAUCAAAGCAUCAGCAGACCGUUAAGUUUACAAGAAGACACGAGUGAAUAUGGGUUUGUGAGACCCUUAGCUGAAACUGAGCCUAUAUCCGUUGAUGAUACCUCUGUUGAAAUGCAAGAUAAAGCCAUUGAAAAAGAAGGAAGGGGUUGUGAAGAUGAAGAGGAGGAAGCAGAAAAUGGAAUCCAGACCUUAAAUGAAAUGGAUUUACAGAUAACUAAAGAAACUGCAGGUGAGCUAAUCACAGAAAGAGGAGACAAAGAGAUUCCUCUGAAUGCAGAAUUGGAAAUAUCUCAACACUCUGAGACUCAGGAGAUAAACAAUCAGUCGCCACACAGAGCACUUGAGAUAAGUGAGACACAAAUAAUAGUAGCUGAAACAGCUGACGAGCCCAGACCAGAGGAUUUGCCAGUGACGUCAUCAGAGGAAAAAGGCAGUUCAGUCAGUGGACAUCAAGACGUAAUUGAUGAAGAAAUCCUUGACUUGUGGAUUGAGGCAGUGAUGUCAGAGGACACUGAUGAGAUUAGACAAGAAGAGCCCAAGCCAGGGCAGCUAUUGGACGCCAAAACAGACACUUUAAAUGAGGGUGAAAUAUCAACAGAGAAUGAGAAAGUGUCACUAGCAGAGGCCAUUUGUAGGGAAUCUGAGGCAGUAAGUGACACAGAAAUGUCUUCAUCAACUGUGGAGUCUGGAUUUUUGGACCAGUUUCUCAGUGAAUCGUGUAUUCAGAGUAGUGAGACUCAGCUGCUGAAAUCAACGAGCACUGACUCACUCCAGGGGAUCCAUGAGCUGGUGGCUAGCGUGUCCACAGACAUCUUUGGAGUUAUCGGACAGCCUCAAACUCAGGACUUACUGACAGAGGAAUCAGCCGAGACAGAGAAAGAAUCGGUCGCUGAUAUAGAAGCUCAAUCACAUCUGAACCAGGAAUCUCAAGAAAAAGCAGAAGAAAGAGCUGAAACAUUAGAGACUGAAAGUGGAUCACGGAAAGCGUAUGAGGAUGUUGAAGAAGCAGAUGUAACAACAAUGACAACACAGAGCUCUCCUUCGCAUGACAAGAAGGUAGAAGCUGAGGAGGAGCAUCUUGAGGUAACCGCGUCUGAUUCUUCAGAUGAACUCAAACCCGCUGAGUCUGAAGAAUCUGAAAGUGACUCACAAAGUGAACCUGAGAAGGACACACUGAAUAGACCACAGCCUGCACAUUCAUCCUUAUUUCCUGUGCUAAACGAGGCCCAGGUAGCAGAAGAGCCAACAAUCGAAUAUGAGAAUAAGGUGGAUGGCCCUGUGCUGGACUUUGCUGUGCAAAGGUCACGAAUUGCUGUUAAGAACCCUCGUGUAAGGCCACCUAAAAAUCCCCGCUCCCUGCUUCAUAUGCCCUCGGAGGAACCCACACCCACACCUACACCAUCUUCACGUUUGCCGGUCAAACUCCCUGGAGGUGUGCCUUUAGGAGGCAUAGGUAUUGGAAUAAAACUCCCUGGGCUCGGUGCUGGAUUUCCUGUUUUAAAAAAGACACAGCGGGCAGUGAGAGACGAAAAUACCCAGGAAACAGUGUCACAGGAACCUGAAACAAAGCCAGAGGAGAAGAACGACGCUCCCCCACAGGAGGAGGAGGAGGCACCGAAGAAGCCUAAAUGGAUGCCACCAAAACAUCCCGGAGGAUUUGGAAAUCCCCUGAUGGCAGAGCUAAAGACCAAACUGAAGAAAACACCAAAGGAGUGAGAAGCUCAAUGGCUGUGUGCAAAUACCUGAAUGUAAUAAACAUAUGGUUUUAAUUUUGUGUACUGAGAAAUUGUUCUUUAUGUCCCCUACUUGUUCAAUGUAAUUUGUAAAAUAAAGAUAAACUUUCUU